AUGGCCGACGACGCGAUAGCAAGCGCAACUGCGCGGGACCCAAGCCUCACUGGAGAGGGUACUACAGACGCCAAUGCGCUCGAUCAAGUGCCUAGUCGCGUCAACACGAUGGAUGACUUCCUCAAUGGCGGUUAUUUCGCCGGCUUCCCUGACAUUCCUGAGUUGGAAGACUCGAUGCGCACACCAGAAACGUCAAAUUCCGGAAACGUCAGUCCGCUAAGUUCCACAGAUACCAACAUGCUCGAAGACGUACCCACCAAGGAGUCUUCUAACGAACCCACGACUGCCACGCCCGCACCCGUAUCAGACAACCCCUUGGACGCACCCGAUGGCCCACGACCGGAAGCCGAAGAUGCCGAUGGCCAGGACGACGAGGAGAUGGGCGGUGUCGACGACACGAAAAAGGAGAAUGGCGAAGGCGCUGAACCUGCGGAUCCAGAGGCACAAGCAAAGGCCGACCUGCAAUCAGCAGCACGCUCACACUUUGUUACUCAGACAUAUGCGACCAUCAUCCCCAGCUACGCAACCUGGUUCGACAUGCGCUACAUCGACUACCGCGAGCGCAAAGCCUUACCUGAGUUCUUCAAUGGUCGCAACCGCAGCAAGACACCCGCCGUGUACCGUGAUUACCGUGAUUUCAUGAUCAACACAUAUCGCCUGAACCCAUCAGAGUACCUCACAGUCACCGCAUGCCGAAGGAAUCUCGCAGGAGACGUUUGUGCGAUCAUGCGCGUGCACGCUUUCCUUGAGCAAUGGGGAUUGAUCAACUACCAAGUCGAUCCUCAAGAACGCCCAUCCAACAUUGGUCCUCCAUUCACCGGUCAUUUCCGUGUCACCGUUGAUACGCCUCGCGGACUGCAGCCUUUCCAACCCGGACCAGGUUCAAAAACUACAGAUGGAAAGCAGCUCACAGCUACCGACCGCGCCGCGAGCCAGCAACCUACCGCAAAGAGCGAGACCAAGUCUCUGGCCGGACGAAACAUCUACGAGGCCAACGGCAAAGAAGCAUCUGCGGAGCCAAAAGCUUCCAACAGCGAAGGUGCCGCGAACGGCCCAGUGGACGUCAAGGAUCUCGAGGCCGCCGCCAAAGAGCCAAUGAAGGUCAUCAACUGCUUCAGUUGUGGCGUCGAAUGUACCCGUGUACACUUUCACGAGACUAAGCCUUCUGAGCAGCCUGGACAGAUGAAGGCUGCAGGUGGCUUGAAGCGCGACCUUUGCCCUAGGUGUUUCGUCGAAGGCAACUUCCCGUCUGGCACUUCUUCAGCGGACUUCACAAAGAUCUCCAACUCGGAGAACUCGGCAACAGCCGAGACAGAAGAGAAAUGGACGGAAGAGGAGACUCUUCUGCUACUUGAAGGUUUGGAGGAGUUUGACGAUGACUGGAACCGGGUUGCAGACCACGUUCAGACGAAAACGCGCGAGCAGUGCGUGAUGAAGUUCCUACAGCUCGAGAUUGAGGACAAGUACAUUGAGGCGGAUCUACCAGAGUCACAAUCUGCAGCUCCUUCAACCAAGUUCUUGCGCGAUCUGGAGUACCUCAGCGAAGGCCGUGCACCCAUUCACCACGCCGACAACCCAAUCCUCAGCGUUGUCAGCUUCCUAGCUGGUCUUGCACCUGCAAACGUCACAGAGGCCGCGGUAGCGUCAGGGCGCAGCGUCGGCGAAAUGAAGCGCAUUCUGCAAGAGAAAAUCAACAAGGCCCCAACUGCACCAUCAGAGAAGGGCAAGGAGAAGGAAGGCAGCCAGUCUACACCCGCAGCCACCGCCUCAGACAUGAAGCCCGAAGGUGGCGACGCCAUGGAUGUCGAUGCCUCCGCUGAGUCAACCGCUGUAGCCACCAGAGAAUCGGACUCCUCAAGUGCCAACCCCCUAGCAACCCUCCCCUUCGCCCUUUCGGCAGCACGAUCCUCAGCACUAGCGUCGCAUGAGGAACGCCACAUCACUCGUCUCGUCUCAGGUGCAGUGAACCUACAACUUCAAAAGCUACAGCUCAAACUCGCCCAUUUCAACGACUUUGAGAAACUACUUUCUGCCGAGCGCCGCGAUCUGCAACGCCGUCGCCAACAACUCUUCAUGGACCGCCUCAACUUCCAGAGGAGGGUACGCGCAUUGGAGGAUGCUACCAAGCGCAUCAGCAGUUCCAUGGGCGGCCAAGGUCUUCCCGGUAGCAUGAGCAACGAAGAUGCUGUACAGGCUCUAACCGAAGCUAUGAGAAUGUUCGGUGUUGGCAAGGGUGAGGACAGCAUGGGUGUCAAGCGCGAUAGCGUCGAUGCUGAUGUUGCUCAGCCCAUUACUGAGGGCACCGAGGGCUACAGCAAGGUGGAGAUUUAA